GAUUCACAACAGUCAUCAUGGCUUCCCUCCAGUUCCCAGAGCCAGCCGGCCCAACCCGAGCAGCCCUUAUUCCUUCCACCGCAGCAGGACUUCGUCUUGUUCGAUCAAGCCCCUUCUCAGAGCCAGAACGCUAAUCGCGCCUCGCCGUCCCCUGCGUUGCACGCAGCACUUGGAACUCCCAACACCAACGCUAGUCAAUCUCAAUUGUUCAACGGUUCUCCUUUGCAGGGUCAGCAACGAAACCAGCAGCAAUUACUAGCUCAGACUAUCCAAGCAACUGGACAUCAGAUUUCCUCUCAGGUCUACACCAAUCGGUUCAUUCCUCAGCAACAUCUUUACGCCUCUGCCGCGUUGUCUCCUUCGGCGUCUUCGAACUCUCAGAAUCGUUUUGCUCGUCCACCCAUCCCUCUUUUUUCUCAGAGCACGGGUAACCGACAAGUUGCAUCCACCAUGGACUUGCAAGGUAAAUUUCUUGGCCCCGCAUUGAAUGAUAACCAAUUCUCACAUCCAAUAGACGCAGUUCGUUUCGAGGAUUUGGCCAGUGGUGGCACCACGGCGUACUCUUCCCCGGGUAUUCCUAGCUACGACGCUAACAUGAGCUCUACCCCGAGCUCGAUGAGCAACCUAGCCACGGUGUCUCCCUACGAGCUGCACAUCGAUCAUUUCUCGUCUGCCCCGAACUCUGCCGCGAUCACGAACCUAACCUCGCCGUCGUUGCCCAACGAAUCUCCCGACUUCUUAGAUAGCUAUGAAGCCUCUCCUCUCGUUGGCGCUCACGAGGCGGACAGUGACAACUGGUUUCCCUUAUUUGGCAACCCUCCUGCAGCUGGUGUCGGUUUCAAUAUGGACAACUACUCUCCAGUCAACGAGCCCAAGGACCUUGAAUCGACCGAGCCCGUUUCGAGACCUCGUGUCAAGUCCAGUGGUUCGCCUCCGACCAAAACUCGUGGUGUUUCUGAGGGUGGUGUUACCAAGCCCAAAAAGCCGCUUCCUGCUAUCACCGUAGAUGAUCAGAACGACACUGUCGCAAUGAAGCGAGCGCGUAACACCCUGGCAGCACGCAAGUCUCGUGCCCGCAAGGCUGAGAAGAUGGAGUAUUACGAGAAAAGGAUCGAACAACUCGAGGAGGAAGUCGCUUUCUGGAAGGAACAGGCUCAGUCCAAAAGCUCGUAAUCAGGCAACGGUAUGGUAGAACAUCUGUUGCAA